GACGUUGUUGGCUGUUUAUGUCAAAACGAGAAGCAAACAGUCAGUACGGCAACCUGUCAGACCUUCAGACCGUGGACCGAAAACGUGUGCCGUAGUGUCACCCCUGCCCGGGUGCCAUGGUCCUCUGUUACACAUGAGCUCUACUAUGUGGUACAUCAUGCAAAGCAUUCAAAGUAAAUACUCCUUGUCUGAGCGGCUCAUCCGCACCAUCGCAGCCAUCCGCUCAUUCCCACACGACAAUGUGGAGGAUCUCAUUCGUAAGGGAGCUGAUGUGAACCGGAUGCAUGGCACACUUAAGCCCCUGCACUGUGCAUGUAUGGUCGCUGAUGCUGACUGUGUGGAGCUGCUGUUGGAGAAGGGGGCAGAGGUGAAUGCUUUGGAUGGAUACAACCGCACAGCACUGCACUAUGCAGCAGAGAAGGAUGAGAGCUGCGUGGAGCUACUCUUGGAGUAUGGGGCCCAGCCAAAUGCCCUGGAUGGCAACAAGGACACUCCACUUCACUGGGCCGCCUUCAAAGAUAACCCAGAGUGUGUGAGGGCCCUGCUAGAGAGCGGGGCCUGUCCCAAUGCCCGGGACUACAACAAUGACACUCCUUUGAGUUGGGCAGCAAUGAAAGGCAACUUGGAGAGUGUCAAAGUGCUAUUAGACUAUGGAGCCCAGGUCCAUGUGACCAACCUGAAGGGCCAGACCCCUAUCUCCCGACUAGUGGCUCUGUUGGCCCGGGGCCUGGGCACUGAACAGGAGGAGGAGUGCCUUGAGCUGCUGUGCCGGGCAGCAGGGCGAUUUGAGAUCCGACGGGCUGACGGCACCCUUCCCAGGGAGCUGAAUAAAGAUCCCCAGCUUCUGGCAAGGCUGACCAACAUGGUGGCUCAGGCUCCCACGCUGCGCUCUCUGGCACGCUGUGCUGUCCGGCAGAGUCUCGGAGUGCAGUUCCUCCCCACUGCUGUAAAAGAGCUUCCUUUACCAGAGACUAUCAAAGACUAUCUACUGCUGAGAGACUGAGGUGCUCAUCACACUGCAUGUAUUGGCAGGGAAGUGUCUCCCGUGAAUUGUAGGAUAGUGUCUGACAGUGGCCCUCGUUUAUUAUCGUUCUUGCAAAUCAAUACAGAUUCAUGCACUGGGAGAGCUGAACAAAACCAACCAUGUUUCUUUUAAUUAUCUAGUGCACAUCUUCUAAAUGAGCAGUUAUUGCAGUGCAGAUUGAUAAAUUUGAUCAGUCUCAGCUGUAAGAGCAACCCUCCACCAAUGCAUUAUCUUCAUGUUGUUGUAUAACUACUGGCUUGUUACAAGUCUUGGUGCAACAAAAUUUUCUUACCCCACUUAUGGAGUACAGAAAAAAAACUAUAACAUCAGGUUAAUUCCUAUGAUAUUGGGCUUCAUCAUAGGACUUUACUUACAGGAAGCUAUCUUUGUAGGCUUAUUCAUUUUGUGUGCAAAAUUCACAAUAGGUAUUGAAUGUUAAAUUUUAAAACUUGAAUAUAAUGAAAAAAUGCUAUUAUUGUUUGUCACAGAGGAUGAGGAAAAUCUUGUUAAAUACUGAAUUUGGUGGUAAAAUAAGGACAUGCUCAUUGUAAGAUUAGAUUUAAAGACUAGAUUCAGAUUUCAGAGUUUAAGUUUAUGAAUGGGGGCUAAUGUGGAAUAAUGCAGGCUGCGCAGUAAUUCAGUCAGAGUAUGCAGUUCCUGAAGUAGUGAUGAGAAGCAAAUGUCAAGUAGUUUGUCUGAUAGUUGGAGUGGCCAUCUUUCUCUGAGUGACGUCCCAAUGAACUCACGGAGCAGUCAUUUUACCACCGUACAAUUCAACACUGCUGCAUUUUAUUAAAGGGGAAAAAAAAAAUUAAACACACUUUGACCAGAACAGAAAAAAAUAGUUUUAUUUGUCAUAUAGAGGCAACAAAAAAGUUUCAGAAUAUCAUUGGACUCACAGAUAGGUUUCACAAAAUGUGAUGGGCACAUUUAUCCUGCCUCCAUCAUGUUCAUCGCUCAUGAAAGUGACAUCAACAUGCCUGCUAUCAUAUGUGAUUUAAUAUUUAUUUGGGCUUUGUUUUAAUGAUGGGUGCAGUUGCAGUUGCCAAGGAGGAAUAAAAUGUUUUUUGUUUUUUUUACAAUGUGUGUUUCCAGUCUUAACUUGCAGAAGUUUGGGUUUUCAAGGGUGCUCACAGGUCCAACAUUUUGCAGCAUAUGUUUAAAGAUUAUUUUAAAUUAAAUGUUUAAAUGUUAGAACCAUAAACUGGCAUGAUUACUAAGUUUUUGUCCUUGAAAAGAUUCACUAAAUAUGCUUGCAAAAUGUAUUUAAGUUUGUUAUGGUAUUUGUCUGGACUCUUACCAUUUCUGUGUUUGAUUUUGUUUGCUUGUUCUGCAGAUGUAUAAAAAUGAACCCCUUAGAUCAUGUCUUGUGUGCACCUGCAAAAGUGCUUUUUUCUUUGUCAACCUAAUGAAAGUAAAAAAAAAAAAGCCUUUAUAUUCCA